AUGGUAGCAUAGGAAGUGUUGCUGUGCCGCUUACUGUAUCCAGGGGUAAACAGUUAUGAUGGAGUUUUAAGCGUCGCCUCGCUGAAUUAGGGAUGUGUACAGAUAAACGGGAUAAGUUUAAUAAUAAGUAAUGAGUGAGGCAUUAGCAGCAUAAGCAGCAGUGGCCAAUUUGUUAACCGGAAAAAAACGACUUAACGCGCGAGUUAGCUAGCGUUAGCUAUCGGUUCCAUUAGUUUAAUUCACGGUACACAUAACACUAUGGCUAGCUAGUAAAUUAGCUAACGCUAAAAGCUUUUUUUCUUCAGUCUUUUACUACAUAAACAAAGCCUGGCUAAGCUAAACGCAUCAUUGUAACACAGGGCUGUGGAUUAAAGCGGUCUAAUGUUCGCUGUACAGGCUGGUUUUAAAAAGUUAACUAGGUACUAGGUACCUAGAGGUGAGUUUUUACAGGUGAAGAAGUGAGGUAGCUAACUAGCUAGGAAGGGGCAGAUUAGGUAGGUAUGGCUGGAGCAGUGCUGGGAGUCGGUACCGGGGUUUUCCUCAUUGCUCUGGUCUGGAUCGUGACUCUUGUUCUCACCCUCCUGCUGUCCAGAGCCUCCGCUCCAACAAAACUGCUGAUCAUCCCCAUUGUUCUUCUGGCUUCUACCAUCACCUUGAUCCUUGUGUUCUUCCCACGAGCCCCUGAAGUUCCUUCCCCAGUUAAAGAAGUACAGAUUGUGGACACCUUCUUUAUCGGCCGCUACGUGCUGCUGUCCAUAGUGAGCCUGGUGUUCCUGGCAGCUCUGUUCGCACUCUUGCCCUUCCACCUCCUGGAGCCCAUGUAUGCCAAGCCUGUGAGAGCCCACUAGAACAGAGAUUGGCACAUGCCAAAGCCCGACGGACCCAGAGGGCCUGCCUGGCUCAGCCACCGUCAAUGUGCCCAGCUUUAGAGGAGAGGGCCCUACAAGAGCCUCCAGUGUUCCACUGUUGCUGUCCAAAUCAGAAGCACCGACUUAUGUCCGAUUGUGCAGAACACAGGGGGAGUGUUAAUAAGGCUGCUGAUGCACUGAAAACACCGAUAUAAACUUUUAAAACAUAGUGUCUACAGUGUUUAGGAUUUAUAUGAUUUUUAUAUGCUAAGAUUUGUAUUACACUUAAAAUAAACUAAAAAUAAACAUG